AUUCUUGAAGACAUUAGCCUUCCCUGUGAGCGCACGGGAGGGAGCCAGGCGUUGCACCGGGCUCCCUCGCAGAUCUCACUUCUCCUCCUCCUCCCCAGCAAACUAUCGCUGCCUGGAAACUUUGUAAAGGAAGCGGUUUUCAAUUGUGGUCGAGAGGGAGGCGGCAAUGAAGCGCUUCUGGACGAAAUGACUCAGCAAGACGCCACCCCCUCCCCAGCCAGGAGCAAGCGCCCCCCAGCCCCGCCCUGGCCCAUCCCCGGCGCAAGGUGGAGGUGGGGGUUUAUAGGGCAGGCUCGGCUCCCUGCACUCUAGCCCAGCACCGCUCACCGACCUGCAGUGCGCACUGCCCCACAGUCAUGCGGCCGGCCCGGGCGCUGCUCGCCUUCUGCUGCCUCGUGGUGCUCACCGCCGGGGCCAGUUCCCCAGAUUUUUGUUCCCAAGAUCUUAACUCGGGCCUGAAGCCAGGAUUCCCCGAGACCAUCAAGACGGAUGACCCUGGAGUCCUGGCCGCAGCCAGGCAUAGCGUGGAGAGGUUCAACAAUUGCACAGACGACAUCUUCCUGUUCAAGGAGUCCUUUGUCCGCAGGGCCCUGGUCCAGAUAGUGAAAGGCCUAAAAUAUAUGCUUGAGGCGGAAUUCAGCCGAACCACCUGCAGGAAAACCUCGCACGUCCAGCUGGAUGACUGCGACUUCCAAAGCAACCAUACCCUGAAGCAGACCCUGAACUGCUACUCCGAGGUCUGGGUAAUCCCCUGGCUCCAGAAGGUGGAGGUACCCGUUCUCCGCUGUCACUGACUCCUGGGCAAGACCGUGGCUGCGACAGACACGUGAUGGAUGAUCCAGUGGGUCGCUGCCAAGGACAGAGGGCGGCGGCCCCCUCUGCUACCUAUGUUACACUGCACUUUCUUCUCCAAUCAGCUGUUUUGCUGAUGCUUUGCACCUGGACUCAGGGCCAGAGCAUAGGGGACUGAGUCCUCAGAUCAAAGUCACUGGAGUCGGGGCCACAGCAGAAACAGGCUGACCUCAGCGGGUGGGGGUCCCAGGCAUCCACCCUGGGUCUGAGCACGUAGCACUGGGAAGGUGUGGGGCAGGGAAAGCAAGCAUGCUCCUGGCAUCAGGACCUUGUGCGGAUGCACAAUGCUAAGUAAAGAGCUGACCAUCUCAAAGCAAAGGCUUAGUAUGUUACCUUUUAAAGGGUGUGGUCAGGAA